AUGCCACCACCACCACCACGUCCUCCAAAUACUAUCAUCAAGGAUCUUACUAGUUUGGCCAAGUACAUCCAGAGUGAUGCCUGCAAGUCGAUUGUCGUCUUGACGGGAGCUGGAAUUUCGGUCAAUUCGGGAAUUCCCGACUUCCGAAGUGCCGGUGGCAUGUAUUCGACUUUGAGAGCGGAUUUGUUGACAUGUUCGGCCGCCCAACGGCGACUCAUGGAACAAGAUCCAACCUACGUGGUAUCUUGGGAUAUUUUUCAACGAAAUGCCUUUCCUUAUUUGGAAGUGAGACGACCCUUCAUAUUGGGAACCGCCCAACAACAAUGGAAGGCCACCUUGUCGCAUCACUUUUUGAAACUCUUGGAUACCAAGACCAACAAAUUGACUCGAGUGUACACCCAAAACAUUGAUGGAUUGGAUCAUCAAUGUUUUCCUGACAAUAACAAUGAUAAUAAAAUUGUCAGUGUCCAUGGCACCAUUGCCCAAGUAGCGUGCGAAGGGUGUGGCACAGGCAUGGAAUUCGACGCAUUCUGCCAACAAGUCCAAUCCAACAUCAAGGACAUUUACGAUCCAUCCUUGAGCGAUGACGAAAAGAAACAGCAAACCUCCAAGCCAAUCCAUUGUCCCAGUUGCCAACAACCCUUGGUCAAACCAAAGACGGUCCUCUUUGGACGAUCCUUGCCCGAAGAAUUUUUUGUUGCCGUAAAACAAGACAUGCCCCAGGCCGAUUUGUUGAUUGUCGCAGGGACUUCGUUGGUGGUCUCGCCGGCCAAUUCCUUGGUGUAUCAAGUGAACGACGAUUGUGCACGAGUCGUCAUUAACCAAGAAGCCGUAGGACAAGAAUUGGGCAUUGAAUAUGAUUAUACUGAUGGUAGCGGCGGCAACAAACGUCGAGACUAUUUUGCAAAAGGAGACUGCGAUCAAGUGUGUUUGGAAUUGUGUCAAGCCUUGGGAUGGGAACAAGACUUGCUGGCAAUCCAAGACUCCUUGCCUGAAAUGAGUCGGGCUGUCUUGUUGGCUGCGGCAUCCAAUAAGCCUCAAAUGAGAAAUAAUUCCAAAUGA